AUGUCCUACAACACGGAGGCUCUGGAGCGCGGACGGGCGUUUUUCAACCGCAUGAAGCACCAAAUGACCAUUCAAACAGAUACCACCGACAAGGAAGAGUCGACCCAGCUUCAAGAUUCGCUAGUCAAGUACUACAUGACCAGGAACAAGACCAUUCCAGAGUGGUUGGAGACCGAGGAGACCCGACAGAGUCUCGAACGACUUAAGAUCAAAGAUGCCUCCACUGCGGCCUCUACCAAUCUCGUGACUCCGACAGCCCCCAUCCAGAUCAAAACUCCGGCCUCCAAUGUGCCUGAAUUGACCCAUAGGGGCCGAUCUCCCAGUCCCACCAGUCCUCAGACUCCCACUUCUCCUGCUUUCACCAACCAACGGCCUCCCCUCAAGUCCAGACCGUCUCAGCUGCAGGAUAUCUACGCCCGAAGAGGCUCCAGUGCCGACGUAAGCCGCCAGAACUCUGUCACGGGCUUUGAAAAAUACGGACGACCCAACGGUUACCAGGAAGUCCGAAACGCCAGGGUCCCACCUCCCUUGAACCAGGAAUCGACAGACAGAAUGAGAGAAAAGCUUCGAAACCUCUCGAGAAGCAAUUCUGUCCAAUGCCAUUAG